AUGGCUUUGAAUCUUUCUUCCCGAGCGGCCAGAUCCGCCCGCGCUGCCUCCAAGCUUACUGCUCGCCCAAUUGCGACAGUCCUCCCAUCCCGCACCUACGCAACCUCGCCGGAGGAAAACAACCAAGACAAGCCCCGAUGGUCCUACACUCCGGCACAGGCAAAGGCACCAUUCAGUCUCCACCUCCACUCCAAGCGCCCUGCCUUCCACGUUAACUCCGACCCAGCGCUAUUGGACCGAUUCUACAUUCGCUUGUUCGGCAAUGGCGGCGACCAAAUCCUCUCUGAUGAGACCAAGUGGCUGGCCGUGACGCAUAAGAGCUUCGACCAGGGACGCCGAGGAUUCAACGAUCGCUUGGCCUUCUUGGGAAAGCGAAUUGUCCAGCUGCAGGCCUCUUUGGCCCUCGCGCAGUCUGUUCCUGCCGCGAGCGGAGCGCCUGAGGCGAAGAAGGACGAAUUUGGUCGCGUGCCUUUCACCCACGCUGCUCUGGAUGGAUUGAGCAACCUCUCUGCCGAGAACAAGAAUGUUCUCACCGAGCGUUCCAAGCUUGCUGAGCUCGGACAGAAGUACGACUUGCACAAGGUCGUUAGAUGGAGCCCCAGAAAGCCCGACGACCUCCGCGCAUCCGGCAUUGACCUCGUCCUCUCGCAUACCCUCUACGCUAUUAUCGGUGCCGUGUCUCUGGAGAAGGGAGGCGUGGUUGCUGCUCAGAUCGCCCGUGAGCGGAUACUGGACCCCCUGGGACUCAAGUCCCUGCAGUAG